CAGCUUUUCAUCUGCGUAAAAGAGCUCCGUCACAGAGAGAAGAAGAAGAAGAGGAGGAGGAAAAGUAAAUAACACUUUUUGAAAUUAAUGGACCGGUAAACAAGCCUGGAUUACAUCUCGGAGCAUUUGGUGACAUCCUUCAGUCUUUGGAAACCUGCGCGUCUUGUUGAAUUUCAAAUCCGGGGAUAUCCAGUGUGGUCCAGAUGUUAAUCCACACCUAUUCCGCUAUGGAGCGCGCGGACGGACUAAGCGGCUCUUCUCCGAGCGGCCGUCUCUCCCAGCUGUCCUCCCUGAACCAGGCCGGGUACUCCUCGGCUCCCCCGCUCUGCCACACUCCGGCCUCUGACUUCCAGCCUCCGUACUUCCCUCCCCCCUACCCCCAGUCCUCCCUGCCAUACUCCCAGAGCCAGGACUCAUAUGCCCACCUGUCAGACCCCUACACCUCCAUCAACUCCAUCCAUCAGCAUCAGCAAGUGGCAUGGCACUCGCAGAGGUCGCGCUCCGACGACGGGGGGCUCCUUUCACAGUCGCACCGGGCUUUGAGCCUCGACCCCCGGCGGGAGUACGCAGCUGUGCCCCGGCUGCUGCACGGGCUCGGGGAAGGAGCUGCGGCUCUGGGGGACGGUCCCCUCGGCAUGCACAUGGGACACCACGGCCUGGAUGAUCUGCAGGGAAUGGAGGAAGGAUCAGCCCUGGGCAUCCUCGACCACUCUGUCAUUAAAAAAGGUAAGAGGUUUCCCAUGCCAUCGAAGUUGAAUGGCAUGCACGCCCUGUCCCUCUGUAAGGAGGGUCUGGGUAUGGGGUCCGUGUCCAACCCAGCGGAGGUCUUCUGUUCGGUCCCGGGUCGCCUCUCGCUGCUCAGCUCCACGUCCAAGUACAAGGUGACGGUCGGGGAGGUGCAGCGACGCCUCUCCCCCCCGGAGUGCCUCAACGCCUCUCUGCUGGGUGGAGUCCUCCGCAGGGCGAAGUCAAAGAAUGGUGGCCGCUGUCUGAGAGAGCGUCUGGAGAAGAUUGGCCUCAACCUGCCCGCCGGGCGACGCAAGGCCGCCAACGUCACUCUGCUAACAUCUCUAGUGGAGGGUGAGGCCGUCCAUCUGGCGCGGGACUUUGGUUACGUGUGUGAGACAGAGUUUCCAGCCAGAGCCACAGCGGAGUAUCUGUGCAGGCAGAGCGAGCCAGACCAGCUCCCAACACGCCGCAGCAUGCUGCUCGCCACCAAGGAGGUCUGUAAGGAGUUUGUGGACAUGAUGUCCCAGGACCGCUCCCCGCUGGGCGGCAGUCGGCCCACCCCCUGCCUGGAGCCCGGCGUCCAGGGCAGCCUCACCCACUUCAGCCUGCUCACCCACGGCUUUGGGACCCCCGCCAUCUGCGCCGCCCUCUCCGCCUUCCAGAGCUACCUGAUGGAGGCCAUCAAAAUGCUGGAAAAAGGAGAGGGAGGAGGAAAGAGCCACCACGAAAAGGAGAUGAAGCACCGCAAAUAGAGGGAGGACGGUGAUGGAGGGUGAGAGGCGGAAAGGACGAGAGAAAGAGG